AUGUGUUACUUUGGCGGAUACUAUGGAGGCCUGGGCUAUGGCUAUGGUGGCCUAGGCUAUGGCUAUGGCUGUGGCUAUGGCUGUGGCUACGGCGGUUAUGGUUAUGGCUGCUGCCGCCCACUCUGCUGUAGGAGAUACUGGUCUUAUGGCUUCUAUUGA